AUGUGUUGGCAGGCCUCAAAGCGAAAGUCUCCACCUACCAAGAGUAUUUUGGUUUCGUCCUCUCCGCCCAGUCAGGCCAACGAUCUCUUCAGUAGCCGCAAGCACACCAGGGAAGGAAAGUCAUUGGAGACCUUGGACAAAUAUCAAUCAUACUUCCAUGACUUACUCGAAAUUCGGGCCUUUUACUUUAAGGACGAACUCGGACUUCUCCUAAGAGGUGGAAAAGGCGACAUCUACGACAAAUCUCGCUGCUACUUGCUCACCCACGAGAGGUUUACGAACUUGUCAACUUAUGGAACCGCCAAAGAUAUCGCGCAUAAGAGCACUCCUAUAUGGACGCCCCAACAGCAAUUUCUCAAGUACAGGAGCAUGCGGACCCCCUUGAAACAAUUUGAUGGGAAGAAUCGGGCGGGCAUAGCACGUGUGUCACCUACCCAUAUUCUACCACAGCGGAAGUCCG